AUGCGUCGCGUGGCUAACUCCAAGUUCGGGGCAAAAGGCUCUCGAUGCAUCUCUGGUGUGGCGCCUAUGCUGUAUUUUCCGGCAACCCCGAAUACACAGCUAACUAAGGAUGAGCAGGUGAAGAGGAACACCAGCAUCGCCAUCGAAAUGAUUAAACGGUAUAAAGGAGAAGUGCCGCCUCAAUACCCCCGGAAGUCAACUGCCACGAUAGAGCAACUUGAAAAAGAGAUUGAUACCUUGCUUGGCGGAGCUGAAAAGUUGCGGAAAAAUACCACCGAUGAUCAACCUAUGGAUAAGCUUACACUAAUGGAGCGUUGCCUUCGCCAUGCUCUCUGGUCCUACCAUAAGGAAGAGGGCAAAUGUGACUUUGACCAGAUAGGCAAAUGGGUUGUGUACACUCCAGAGGACGAGGCAAAAUUGGCUCAUUUGAAGGAUGAGGCGGAAUCAAAAAAGAAAUUGGCCGCCUUUCGGCGGAUUUCUGCGGAAAAAGGUUUACCAAGUGCUUUGCUUCCAAAAAUUCAUUGGGACCAAGAGUACGCCGCCGUAAUUGACCGUGAACUUGUUACUGCAAAACGUGCCCGAUACGAUGUGCUUGCAACUCAGACCACAGAAUGUGACGAUAAGCAGAUCGACGCCGUUCUUCAAGAGUACAGAAAGCCUGCACAGGAUCGACGCUUGGAUAAUCUGGUUGAGCUCCUUGAGCGAUUUAAACCUGUUCUGGCCCGCGAGGCAAUUAUGCAGCGUUUGACAAUCAAGCACCUUGAGGGCCAACUUGGCGUUUGGCGUUACAUGGACUGGUGCCCAGAGGUUCGUGAUCGCGCCGAGCUGGAGGUGGACAUCACCGGCUGGCAGUGGUGGUCUCCGCUGGAAGAGCGUCGUCUCCUGCCCGUUCGACUUCGUUCGGUGAAGGAGGUACGUGAAAUUAUGUCCCAAGCCCAGGCGAAGAAGGCAGCUGAGCAAGUGGAGAAGAGCCCGAAGGCCAUUCAAUCCGGCAGCUCAGAAGGCCUGCGUGAUCGCCUACUGAAGGAGGUUCUCGCUCUUCAGGCUCGCAUCAACCAACGCGAGGAGGCUGAUUCUUCCAAGGGUGAUCAGAAGAAGAGGGCGAAUCAUUGA